GCGGCGCGGGGCACGGGCAGCCGCGCGUAUCGCGAGAGCCGAGGCGCCGCCAUGGCCGAUCCCCGCGGCCCUGAGGCGGCCGUGCGUUGCCGUCUGUUCGCGACCGGGGGCGGCCCCGAGCUGCCCCUCCUCGCCCGGGACAUCGCCCAGCGCUUCGCCCCGCUCCUCGCAGCCUACAUCUGGCACCGGGAGCCGCUCCGGCUGCGCUGCCGGCCCCAACGCGGUGAGAUCCCACCGCACAUCGGCAGCACCACAGUGUUUGGGGAUAAUGUGGAGGACGAGUGGUUCAUCGUUUACCUGGUGCGGGAGAUCACCAGGGAGUUCCCGGGGCUGGUGGCCAGGAUUGAUGACAACGACGGGGAGUUUCUCUUGAUAGAAGCAGCUGAUUUUCUCCCAAAGUGGCUGAACCCUGAGAACAGUGAAAACAGGGUGUUCUUUUAUAAAGGAGAACUGCACAUCAUUCCGCUGUCAGAGACUGACGAACAGGAGUAUGACCUCUCUGCUGCCUGUCCAACGAUCUCGGAGGCGUUAAUGCUGUUAUCCACCCGUUCGGAGGAGUUCCUGGCAGCAGAGCCCAUUAGAAGGGCAGUGUAUAAACGCAUCAGUGGAUAUCCUGAGAAAAUUGAGGCCUCAUUUCACCGAGCCCACUGCUACCUUCCGGCAGGCAUCGUGGCGGUGCUGAGGCAGCGCCCUUCGUUGGUGGCAGCAGCAGUCCAGGCCUUUUACCUCCGAGAUGCAGUAGAUUUACGAGCAUGUCGCUCUUUUCGAACUUUCCCCGCAGACAACCGUGUGAUGACUGUGGUUACUUUCACAAAGUGUUUGUAUGCAAUGCUGGUGCAGCAGAAGUUUGUUCCGGACAGACGCAGUGGAUACACACUGCCUCUCCCAUCUCACCCUCAAUACAAAGCCUAUGAUCUGGGCAUGAAACUGGCUCAUGGCUUUGAAAUUUUGUGUUCUAAGCGCAGUAAAGUAUGUCCUGUUUCUGAGAGAAAAGUGUUAAGCGGUCCCCUCUGGGAGAGAUUCCUCAGCAGCCUAAAGGAAAAAGAUUAUUUCAAGGGAGAAAUGGAAGGAUCUGCUAAGUACUCGCAACUGCUGCGUAUGGCAGAAGAUUACUUCCAGGAGUCUGUUGUUGAGGCAGAAAGCUUUAUUGAACUGAACCCAGGUGAUGAAAUCUUGACAUUGCUAGAGACAACAACCAUUGAUUUGAAAGAGCUUGAGAGGGAAGCAGCUUGUCUCCCUCCAGAGGAUGAUGACAGUUGGAUGGAGAUCACACCAGAUGACCUAGAUAAGAUGCUGAAGGAGAGAAGAAAUGAGUCCAUCCCUUCCUCAAGUGAGGAACAGCAGAAAUAUGACUUGGAAGCAGUUGCUGAAAGUAUGAAGGCUUUUGUAUCCAAAGUCUCAACACAUGAAGGAGCAGAAAUGCCAUGGUCGUCUGAUGAACCCCAUGUUACCUUUGAUGUAGAUUCUUUUACAAAAGCGAUAGACAGAAUGUUAGGGCCAGACUCAGAAGAGCUGGAUUCUGAUGAUCUGGAUGAAGAGCAGGAGUUUGAUUUCUCAGAUGAGGAAGAUUUAGAUGCUGAAAAUCAAACACAAGACCAGAAUGUACCACCUAAUGAGCUUAUAGGCAGUCUCAAGUCCUAUAUGAAUGAGAUGGACCGUGAACUGGCACAUACCAACGUUGGUAAAAGCUUCACAACUCGAAAGAAAGGGGUAAGUGUGCCUUGAGUUCUAGUUCGUAGCGUAAUAGUUCUGAGAGCUUUAGUAUGAAGAAGAAAUAGGCUAAAAUCAGUCAUUCUUAGUAAUGUGAUAAAAACCUUCUGAUCAUGUGCUAACUAAUUAUUAAAAAAAUGUGCAAACAAAGUGGCACCAUGGUACAUUUUUGGGAAAAAGAACCACCAAAGCUUAGCUAAGCUUUAAUCUGUAUUUUGUUUCCAAGACUUGGUUUCAUUUCCCUGUUUUACCCCAGUUCAGUAGUAAGGCCAGCAGCUGCAGCUUGACUUCCUGAGUCCCUGUAGUGGAUUACUUCCGUAGGAAGCUGAGGCAGGACUCAGUGACCCUCUCUGUCCUUCUCGUGAAGCUUGAUCUUUACGAUGGAAAGUAGCGAUUCCUGUCUGUCAAGAGAGCAUGGAAUAUGCUGAACUCUGCUGGCUGUUUCCUUUUUUCUCUUCUUGUGUCAUUUAUCUUUGGUUUUGGUUUCAGUUCGUUUUUUUUUUAAACUAGUUUAUACAAUUUGGUAAAGCUUUCUC